AGAUUGCACCUCUUUAUGGAAUGAAAGAUAGUGCAUCUGAAGCUGUGGCAAAUGAUGUCUUAUACAGACCUCCCAGACGGCGCAACCGCAGGACAAAAUGUGACCCGGUGAAAAUGCCCCGGAUAUUUUCAACAGAUGUUCCAGUGUCUAGCAGAGCAUUUGGGAACCUGCCUAUCAGUCAUCAACAUCACAAUCUACUGAAGUCUGGUCUACACCUUGCCAGGUCGGAAUUUGUGGACAGCCUAGAACCUUCACUAACACACAACUUAAGCUCUUAUAUCUGUAUUGAGUGUGGACAAAGCUUCUCGUAUGAGAUUGCUUAUGUAGAACAUCUAAAAUUACACAACCCUGUAAGCCUGGAAGCAGACAGCAUGGUUCCUGCAGGGAACCAGAGCUGUGGUUCUAACACUAAAGUGCAUAGUUUAAGCCAGAAGAGAACAGGACGAGAAUUCAUGUGCACAGAGUGUGGGAAAACCUUUAUUGGGAAGUCUAAUCUUAUUGUCCAUCAGAGAACUCACACAGGGGAAAAGCCCUAUGGGUGCAUUUUCUGUGGGAAGCAUUUUGGGAGAAGCUCUGUUCUAAGAAAGCAUGAGAGGAUCCACACAGGAGAGAAACCCUAUGCCUGUCUUUAUUGUGGAAAACAAUUCAGUCAAAAUUCAGGUUUGAAGAACCAUGAGCGAAUUCACACAGGCGAGAAACCAUAUGCAUGUAUCGAGUGUGGAAGGCGCUUCAGUCAGAGUGCUGACCUUAUGGUUCACUACAGGACCCACACAGGAGAAAAGCCUUUUAUCUGCGUUGAGUGUGGGAACAGCUUCAUCCGCAGCUCAGACCUUGUUAUACACCAAAGAACUCACUCUGGGGUUAAACCUUUCACCUGUUCCGAGUGUGGAAAGAGCUUCAGCCAGAGGUCCCAGAUCAUACGACAUAGGAGAACCCACACAGGGGAGCGGCCCUUUAGCUGCCAAGUCUGUUGUAAAAGCUUCAUCCUCAGCUCAGAGCUGAAGAAACAUCACAGGGUUCACACAGGCGAGAAGCCUUAUAAGUGCAAGGAGUGUGGGAAAUCAUUCCGCCAUUGCUCCAACAUGAGCCGCCACCAAAAGAUGCACAUGGAUGGCGAAGUCCUUGCUAUAUGA